UAAUUUGGUUUCAAUUAAAUAUACAGGCAGAUAGUUGUUUCUUGUUGUGACAGUUGUUGAGGCAGUUUUAGAGACUUGUGUGAUAUAUCUUGUAUUGAAAUAUGAGCAUGAUGUUACGAAGAUGGCAACUCAAGAGGUCAUCAUCAUCAUCAAGUCUCGAACGAGUUUCUUCUUAUGAGAGACUCCACAUGAUUGCGUUAGCAAUCAUGUUGCAUUGGACAUUAUGGUUGAUAACAGUUAAACUGCUACAACCGCCCGUUAUGCGUCCACUCAAUGUCUAAGUUUUGUUGGUUGUUUCAAUUUUUCCAGAUCUGAUUCCGAUUUAAUUUGAAUUUUUCUAUCAUUUCCACGCAAGACGAAGAUUUUUCCACCUGAUCAAAAAUGUUUUGUAUGCUGUAUUUUUGUUAAGUUUUUUGGCGCUUACGAACAGUUUCCGAGUUUCUCCUGUCAUGGAAUGAUCGAAAUGGAAUGAUCGAAGAUACCUCUGGAAAAUUGAAUAAUAUCAUAAAUCUACAUUUCUCAUCAAUUUCUGAUAAUA